UAGUCAGCUGCAUUUGUUUAAAGGUAGUGCACGGAGAGAGGGAGCGCAGGAGCCAGUGUGCAAGUUGCAGAUCCAGCGAGAUGCAGUCCAUCUACAUGCACAGCCAUGAUCACUUUGAGGUGUUCACCACCGUCCUUGCUCCACAAGGGAGGUGUCGCUACAGGACAGAUGCGGAGAAGAUGGUGGUGGUGCACAGCUACAGGCCCCACUGGCCAGAGGAGCUGGAGCUGUGCCCAGGUGACGUAGUCCUGGUGCUGUCCAAGCAUGAGGAGGGGAUUUGGUUUGGGCGGAGGCAGGAUGGCCAGCAGGGCCACUUCCCCGCCUCCUGUGUGAUGGAGCUAAGCCAGCAGAAUCUUCCUCCCAGAGGCCGGCAGAGGAGCUUGUCUCUGAGAACCUCAGCGGGGGACAACGACUCGGGUCGAGGACACAGAAGAUAUGGACAUGGACACAUCCUGCAGGCGCUCAGUCGGGGGAGCAGAGGAGGUGGUGGAGCAGCAGCAGCAGGAGGAGGGAUGGUGCUGGACAAGGGCCAGGGCGAGAGCGGGGACCCCUUCCCGGUACGCAGGCCCCUGCAGAUCCCGCCGCCUCAGCCUGUGGCCUCCCAGCAGCCUCAGUCACACAGAUCCCCGGGCCUGCUAAAAAGGAUUCUGUCCAAGUGCCGGAAAAAGAGUGAAUGCCAGGGAGCCACCAAUGGGGCCUUCGAGGGCGACUAGGAGGCCCUUCUCUUUGUGCCGGGCGGCUGAGGGGAGUUCACUGUGGUGGGGCUACAGCAGGGUCGUGGGGCGAGAGGAGGCACCUCUGAAAUGUGGAGGACAGGUCCUGGACAUCCUGAUCUGAGCAAACUCUUGUUGCCAUAACAGCCGUUCUCGACUUGGCUGCAAGAAUCAAGACAAUGCUCUUCUCUGUGACUGUACACACACACACACACACACACACACAAUUACAUCUGAUGGACAGUGCCUGCUGAGACAUCACGGACGGGGGUGUGACUAGAAGGGCAGCAUGAAUGUACAGCGAGCCGAGCGGCUGCUGACUUCUUCCUUAUUUUUCAGCAUGACAAGUUCAAACACCAGGUACAUGCUCAUAAAAUCAUAUAUACAAGUCAAUAUAUAUAAUCACAGUCACAGCAGUUAUCUAUCUAAUCUAGAAAUUCCACAAAUCUCUGUCUGUAUGUGGAACGCAUAUCUUGACAUCCGUUUAUCUCAUACUUGGCUUGUGUAUUCUCAAAGGCCUAAGGAAGUGCAUUGUAUAAUUUGGUUUGGAUUUGUGUAAUAUUGAAUGAUAUUUGUCUGACAUUCAAUACUACUAAAGAAAAUCUUAGUAAAAGAACGAGCAGCGCUUGUUCAUGACAAUGACAAGGACAACUGAUUCUCCAGAUCGGGGUUCUGCUUAGUCCAGCUUCACUGAACUUUCAAUAAACAGGUGAACAGGUCUUUGUGCAGCAGCGGUGGCUUCAGGGCUCUGCAGACUGAGACCUGCAGAGUGAGUCCUGCAAACUGAGUCGUGCAGACUGAGUCCUGCAGACCAAGUCCUGCACACUGAGACCUGCACAGUACACUGAGUCGUGCAGACUGAGUCGUGCAGACUGAGUCCUGCACAGUACACUGAGUCCAGAAGAGUGAGUCUUGCAAACUUGGCCCUGCAGACUAAGUCCUGCAGACUGAGUCCUGCAGACUGAGACCUGCACACUGAGUCCUGAAGAGUGAGUCCUGCAAACUUGGUCCUGCAGACUAAGUCCUGCAGACUGAGUCCUGCAGACCUAGUCCUGCACACUGAGUCGUGCAGACUGAGACCUGCACACUGAGUCCUGCAGAGUGUUUUUAACUUGCUCAGUUCCUUCAGGUCACUUUUACAGAUUCAGAAAGAAAAGCUGCAACCUGCACCACCACAGGUCAAACGGGCAGCCAGGUUUCGAACGGGCACUGCAGUAUUAGGGGGAUGAAGUGAAGUAAGAUAACACCUUAAUCUCAAUCAGUGAUGUCAUAAGGGAUGCAAUCUUCUGUUUCUCCAUUUCAGUUUUUUCCCUUCAUCUCCUCAUGUGAAUCUGUAUAUGUAUGUGUAAAAUGCUGCUUCACAUUAUAAUUACAGUUAUUAAACCAGCGAACCCGU